AUGAAUAACAGGCCAGCGUUUAUUUGUCGUGUUUUAGAUUAUAUUACAAAGGGCAACAGGUAAAAGUAUAAAACCAUUAACCAGUAUGGCUAUGGCAGUAUAAUAUCCUAAAUCAUGUAACUAACUAGUAACUAUAAUAAUUAGCUAAGUACUUAAUAAUAAGGAGAACAAGAGAAAAUAAUAUUAUACGUAUUACGUACCUGAUAGUGUAACAUACUAACUCGUAUGCUGUAUGUCUGAAAAAAAAUAGUUGUUACCUAAUAUCUACGAACUACGGCGUAAAACAUAUUGACUAUUGAGUUAACAUAACAUAAUAUAUAAUAUUAGCCAUGAUAAAAUCGCAGCUAGUAGUUAACAGUUCUGUAGUAUGAGUAGUAUGACUAGUAUAGCACAGAGUACAGUACGUGGCAGACGGCUGUCCUGUGCUCCGUACAGGAUCGCCUGACUAAAUUUAUUUCUCGAGAGGCGCGAUUAGUACGUAGUAGUAAUUGCGCAGUAGUUAUGUGAAUUUUUUUUUUGUUACCAAAUUAAUUUAAUCUUAAUGAUCACCUGGAUACCGUGUUACGAUCGUCAAGUGUUUGAUGUGCAUUUGUUUUCCCGUCGAAUUCUAAUGAAUUCGACGAUUUUCUGUGUGUACGAUACAAUAUCAAGUCAUCCGCCAUAAAUUAAUUUCAUUGUUCAUUAGCAGAAGGUCUAUUAAUUAUUGGUAGACAGUAGACAGAGAAAAGUAUAAAAACUGUAGACACGUUUAUAUUUAAUCUUAUACUGUAUGAUUUUUGGUUUAGUAGAUUUUCACGAUAUUUAUUCAAUCUUAUUUGAUUUUCUAAUUAGAAAAAAAAUGUUCUCUUCAAUGUUCAAAUCAUUUGUAAAAGCAUCUAAUAAACAAAAUAAGAAUAACAGUGAAUCAAAACAAAAUUCAAUUGAACAUAUAAGGCAAAAUAUUGAUGUUCUCAAGUUAUUGAAUGAAGUUAAAGAUGAUAAUUCUACUGAAAAUAUGGUUGUUUCUAAAGUAGUACCUUUGGAAAUUAGUACUAAAGAUUUAUAUAUUGGUUCUGAUUUGAUAAAUAGUAAAAAUGACCCCAAAAGUAUUGAAAAAAUAAAACAAGCCCCUAUAGAACAAAUCAAGGAAACACAAUUAUUAAAUCAAAUCAAAUCGUUGCAUUGUUUGUUUACAUGGAAUUUACAACUGCAAAAGAAGCGAGAUAUUAUUGCACAUAUUAAAAAAAAAUAUGAUAAUUACGAUUUAGACAUUACUGUAACUGAAUUUACAUUUGUAAGAUUCAUUGGUAAUUUAAUCAUUAGUUAUGAAUUAUAUCAAAAUGGUAAACCAAGUGAAAGUGAUACAAUAAUUUUGGAAAUCGGUAAUUGGCUUAAAAAGUUGGAUGAAGGUACUGAUGAAUUUUACUUGUCUAUUAAUACUGCUUUGAAGCACAUUCAAAUGGCAAACUUUGUUCAUAUGUUAUUUGCUGCAAAUGAAACUGGAGGAUUUAAAUGGUUAUUUAAAGAAAUUGUUCCAUUUGACAAUAUGAAUAAUAGAUCCAAAGCCGCUUUGUAUGCUAUAAGAGCAGCUAUAUUAAUUGAAUAUGGCAAAAGUCUUGAAUGUUUUAAAAAUGCAUCUAAAUAUGCUAUUGAAGCAUGUACAUUGGAUCCUAAAACUUCUCACUGGUUUCAUAUUUAUUCAUUAGUGUUGACUGCUCAAAGACAAUUUGUGUAUACACAUGAGUUAUAUUCAACUGAGAAACUGUUGUUACAGAAAAAUGCGUUAUGUCCUACAGAAAGUGAAAUUAACUUGGCAAUUCAGCGAGCUAUUAGUUCUUCUGAUGGAAAAAAUACUUAUUCUGUUAAUUUACUUGUAUUAACUUCUUUAAAUGAAUUGUUGGAAAAUGAAUUUCAAGUGGCACAAAAAGGAUUACCUGUUUUUAAAGCGGAUGAUUCAGAAUAUAUUAGUGAAAUCAAUACAGAAUCAAAUUUGAAAUAUGAUAUAAAAAUGAUAGCAAAAAAGCAUAAAAAUGGUGAAGAUGCAAUUCCUUUUCUUAUUGGUUUAUUUCCAAAAUAUGAUAAAAAUAUCAAAUGGAAAAUUUUAGCCCAAAUUUGUUCAUAUACAAUAUUAUUCAAAAAUAAUUUCAGAGCUGGUGUUGAACAAUUCUUAUUAUUAAUUGGAGAGCCAACUAUUUCCACUAGUGAUUUUAUUAUACGUCAUACCUCAUCAUUUAUUGGUUCAAAAAUAUUUAAUUUAGCAGAACUAAUUUGGAAUGAAAUCAAAUUGGCUUCAGAAAAUACAAAUAUCACUUUUCUCAUGGAUAAUUUAUUUUACUAUACAGUAUUCUUAAAGAUUAAUGAAACGUAUAACUUAAGAAUGAGAACUGUAGACCCAUUUAUGAGAUUCAAGAUUAUUAGUGAUUCAUCUGCUGUGCCUGAUUGUGUAAAAACAAUGUACAAUAAUGAUUUUGAAAUUGAGCAAUACUUCAAAUCCAGAAAUAUAUUUACUAGCUAUCCGCAACAGAUUAAUUCAACCCAGGGUACUAACAUAUAUUUCAAUCAACAUUUUAACUCUUUUCAACAAUAUCAAUGUACAAAAUCAAUACCAUCACCAAUGGAUUUUAAAUUUAACUUAAUAUUUCAAUCUACAUUUUAUACAAAUAAUACAAAAACCAAUAUUGCUUCAAAUUUAACAAACAUAGAUACCAGUUUAACCAAACUUCCAAGAGGGAAAACUUCUCAAGCAACUUAUAAAGCUUGUCUUAAUAAUUUAUUACAAAAUUAUCCAAAUAGUUUUAGAAUAUAUACAGAUGCAUCUAAAAUUCAUAAUAAUGUCGGUAUUGCUGUUGUAUCUACCAAGGAUACAUACAGCUAUAAAUUAUCGUCAGACUAUACAUCAUGUGAAGCUGAAGCAGUAGCUAUAUUGAGGGCACUUGAUUAUGCAUUGACAGAAAAUUUCAAUAAUUACAUAAUUCUUAGUGAUUCAUUAAGUACCAUAUCAUGUAUUCAAAACAUAAAUAUAGCAUCUGAUGUAUUAAAUAGUAUAUUAUGCUUAAUACAUGCACAUCAAUUAAAAGGAAAUUUAAUGAAUUUAAUUUGGAUUCCAAGUCAUAAUGCAAUUGAAGGUAAUGAUAUAGCUGAUAGACUUGCAAGACAAAUUGCCACAUCGUCUACUGCAAUCACUUAUUCGCAUAACUCUUUUAUGGUAACAAAUAUAAAAUCAAAAUUUUUAAAAUCAUGAAAAAGUGUAUCAAUUAAGUAAUAAAUUAGAGCAAUGAAAUAU